AUGACUUGGAGUUAUCAAGAAUAUGUUGCUGCUAGCUUAAGUAUACAUUUUGGUUUGGGUGUUGUAAUCGUUGCUGUUUUAUUCUAUCUUAUACGCUGGCGUCCUAGAACAUUUUAUCGUAUGAUUGAAGCAAUGUUUUCAAUUAAACACUGUGAAGCAACACCAUGUAACGCCAGGGAAUUUAUUGAUGUAUACGGUGUUCAAAUUGGCUUGUCAGCAACUACUCUUGGAUUUCUACCUGCUUUGGCCUUAUUUAUUAUGGCAACAGCUGUCUUAACAGCUACGUUCAUCCUUUUUCUAUCAGAACUAAUUUUCAUUACCCGUUAUGUUUCUCCGAAUAGUAAAUGUCCAUCGGACAAUGAAAUGGACUGCUACACAACUGUUAACGAUACAAAAUCAAAAAGUGUAUCCGAACGUUAUUUUUGUAGUCAAUGUGGUAGUCCUGUCUAUUCAAAAAGUCCGGAAACUAAACCAAAAAAAUUAUUAUUAAAUUAA